AUGGGACUUGCUUUACUGGCACUCAGCGCCACUAUCGCUAUUACACCGAUAGUGGCUGCUCUUGAUAGCGGGCCUGGCUCGGUUUUGUCGGUCAGCCAAUCGGACUGGGAGGCAUUCAACGCGAGUGUUUCUGGGCGAUUGCAUAAUGGGGCACCACUGCUUGCACCUUGUUACAAGAUCUUCAACAGGAAGGAGCAGGCCGCAGACACUCAGCAGUGCACUGCCCUACAACAAAGCCGAGACGAUGCCGUAUUCGUAUCCGGCCAGUUCGGCGGCUACCAGCAGUUGAACUGGGCAGGAUGCCAGGCGACUGGAGACAACUGUGCGAUGAAGAUUACGGUGCCAGAUUCGACCCUGGCCACGGGACCUUGUUUGCAGGGAAGCGUCUCGAGGAGGUAUGUCGAUGCGCGAGGAGUGGACGAUGUGCAGAAGACGCUGCGUUUUGCGAGCGACAACGGGCUUCGAUUGGUUGUGAAGAAUACUGGGCAUGAUUACUUGGGUAGGAGUUCAGCUCCUGAUUCAUUUGGGCUUUGGUAUUUUGGCUCCUGUAUGCAUUAUUGUUGUUGUUGUUGA